GCUAUUGUGUGUUAAAAAUGAACAUACUCUCAAGUUUAGAUACAUAAAAGGCUACACUUUAAAUAUACUUUAGAACACCAAAUUGGGUUAACGUGAGUGGUUAAGGGCCUCUCGCUCUUUAAUCAAGAUCUCGGGUUCGAGCCUUGGGUAUGGAGAAAAUCUCAAAUGGGAGAGAUGCUGCCCUUUGAGAUACCCAUGCAAACUCCCACAGGAGAUCAAUCCACUCGUCAAAAACGAUGGAAAAUUCCUCGUAGUAAAACCAAAAAAAAUACACAUAAAUAGUUAAUAAUUACAUUCAUGAAUAAGUCCAAAAGUAUGUUUCAACCCUAAUGUGCCUGAUUGGAUUAAGGCUUAAGAUGCUAGCCUAAUCUAGAGGCUAAUCUUACUCCCCCCAAAGAAAAGAAAGAAGACAAACAACCCCUCAAAAAAAAAAAAAAAGACAAACAAUGAGUGAAGGGCAUUUUAGUCUAUUCCUUCCAAAAUUCAAAUGUUUAAACCCUAAUUUGCUAACGGAUCUUAAACUCCAAAACAACAGAAAAAAUUCAAAAAAAUCAUUUCUCAACGGUCAUCUUUUCUUUUCUCCUCUCACAAAACACCCUCCUUCCUCAAAUUUUGAACUCAAAACUUCAAAUCCACAUCUUUCUCUCUCUAUUCUUCAUUUGUUCAUACCAUUUCUCUCUCUAACAUACUAAGCUCUAACAAUUUUUUUUAAAAAAUCAGCAAAAAUGUCAAUUUAUUCAGUAAAAAAACUCCUAAACAAAUCUCUCUCUUCAUCUAAGCAACAAUCAAUCCUAAAACCAUCAAAGAUCACCUCAAAGUCUCAAUCUUUCGGGGACGAAAACUCGCCUCCGAUUGAUCCCAAUGUUCAAGUGAUCAAACCCCAAUUUCCCCAUCUUUCAAACCCAAAAAAAUCACCAUCAAAGCUCUCACUUUCAAACAACAAUGUUCUUGAUUUUUCCAAAUCAGACCCAAUUAAUGAACAUUCCUCUGCUCCUGAUAAUCCCUCUGUUAAGGUGGUGGUGCGAAUUAGACCCAAGACUGUUCAUGAAAAGAUGGGUGAUCCCACCAUUAGGAAGGCUUCUGAGGAUUCAUUGACAGUCGGUGACCGACAAUUUAGUUUUAAUUCUGUUCUUGAAUCUACUUCCAAGCAGGAAGAUGUUUUCGAGUUAGUUGGUGUUCCUUUGGUCAAUGAUGCAUUGGCAGGUUAUAAUGCUUCAAUAUUGUCUUAUGGACAGACUGGAAGUGGCAAGACCUACACAAUGUGGGGACCGCCGAGUGCCAUGGUUGAGGGUCAGUCUCCUAGUACUCAGCAGGGAAUCGUCCCGCGUAUCUUCAAGAUGUUGUUCUCUGAGAUAGAGAGAGUAAAGGAGAAGUCAGAUGAUAAACAGAUUAAUUACCAAUGUCGUUGUUCAUUUCUUGAGUUGUAUAAUGGACAAAUUGGGGAUUUACUUGAUCCCACCCAUCGAGAUUUAAAGAUAAAGGAUGAUGCUAAAAGUGGGUUCUAUAUCGAAAAUUUGACUGAGGAAUAUGUGACUAGCUACGACGAUGUUACUCAAAUUCUGAUCAAGGGGCUUUCUAGUAGAAAAGUUGGUGCUACGAGCAUCAAUUCAAAGAGUUCUAGAUCUCAUGUUGUGUUUAACUGUGUAAUUGAAUCCUGGUGCAAGGAAUCACCAUCAACUAACUUCAGCAGUUCAAAAACUAGCCGAAUCAGCUUCAUUGAUCUUGCUGGACUAGAGAAAGAAAAGCAAGUUGAUGCUGGACGAGAGUUUGAAAGGGAACGCAAAGAGUUGAAGAGUUCUUUAUCACACCUUGGGCACUUGGUAAAUAUCCUAGCAGCAGGAACUCAGCCUGAUGACCUUAUGUACAGAGAUUCCUGUUUGACACAUUUACUACAACAAUCACUUGGUGGCAAUGCGAAACUCUCAGUCAUCUGUAACAUAUCUCCUGAUAUAAAAAAUUAUGUUGAGACACUAAGCACACUUAGAUUUGGACAACGUGCAAGAUCCAUUAAAAACAAGCCAGUCAUUAAUGAGAUUACUGAAGAAGAUAUGGAUGAUCUGACAGAUCAAAUCCGUCAGCUUAAGGAAGAACUGAUCAGAGCAAAGCUAAAUGUAAACCCAGCUGGCCCAGGGAACGGACAGGUGCCUGGGAGAAGUAUACGUGAAAGUGUGAAUCAACUGAGAAUCAGCCUGAACCGCUCCUUGGUGUUACCCUCUAUAGAUAACGAAAUCGAAGAAUAUACCAAUGCUGAUGAGAAUGAUGUCACAGAAUUAUGUAAGCAUCUUGAUGAGAUGCACAGAUCUUGUGAAGAGAUCCCAAAAGACUCAUCUUGUGACAGCGAUAGCAUGAACUUUUCCUCUGUAAGGGGAAGUUGCGAUAGCUAUUUCACAACAAGUGAACAUGAAAUUAAUUGCUUACAUGAAUCAGUUGAAGUCAGUUCUGAUCAUGCACUGAAGUGUGAUGAUACGGCUUCCAGGAGUAGUAUGUCGAUUACUUCACCACGUCAUUCUUCAGCUUUUGAAGAGCCAGCCUUAUCUGAGUCACCAAAAAUUAAGAAUACUCAAAGAAAAAGCACUGUCAAUUCACUAAGUCUUCUGGCUGAGCAGAACACUGUCAUGGAGAGCACCAAGUUCUGUGCUGAUGUGCCAGGAAAGUCAGUCAGGCAAAGUGAACCUAUGCUUCGAUCCUCCUUACGAUCUAGCAAGAUGUUUUCAGGACCUACUGAGUCUUUAGCUGCUAGCUUGAGAAGAGGCUUAGAGGUCAUCGAUUCUCAUCAGCAGAAUGUUUCAAAGUCUUCGGUUGCUUUCUCGUUUGAGCACUUGAUGUUGAAACCAUCUCCAGCAGUUGACAGAACUAGUGCUUCUGUUCAGACAUUAUCAGAUUGUAAGCCAUCUAGUGAUGGAUCACCUUCUUCCUUUCUCUGUAUAUCUUGUCGUCAGAAAGGGCAACAUAUGUCAAAUGAAGUUGAAGACAGUUUGAAAACUUGGAUUGUAACUGCAAACAAAGAGGGGACAGGAUCAGAUGUUUCGCAAGCAAGUGAUGAACAGAAGGAGCUUGAGAAGGUUUGCAGUGAUCAAGCGGCUAAAAUUGAGGAGCUCAAUCGUCUGGUUGAGCAGUUGAGACAUGAAAAAGAGAAAGAUACCGAUUUACAAACUAAUCAAGAGAUUGAAGACAAGAGCUGCAACAACAACGAUGAAAAUCAAGAACCUGAAGUCAUAAAGGAGACAUAUGACAUUGGAGACAAGCGCGAGUUGAGCAAUAUUGGAUCAUUUGAUAUGAGAGAAAAGGAAGAACUCCUCACAGAAAUCCAGCUCUUGAAGAGCAAAUUACAGUCUUAUACUGAUGCAGCAGCUCCAAACAAAUCCAUUGACAAGCUGAGAUCAUCAUUAUUAUCACGUUCCAUGCAAAUACGAAAAAGCAUGAGUUCCCAACUCAUCAACAAUGCUGAAGAUUUGGAGAAGGAACGUGAGAGAUGGACUGAGAUGGAGAGUGAGUGGAUUAACUUAACUGAUGAGCUAAGAAUAGACAUUGUAGCCCACCGUCAGCAUGCUGAGCAGGUAGAGAUGGACUUGCAACAACAGAAGAAGUAUGUGGAGGAGUUAGAUGAUGCCCUGCAUAGGUCAGUUCUCGGCCAUGCUAGAUUUGUGGAGCACUACGUAGACCUACAGGAGAAAUACAACCAUUUAUCAGAAAGUCACAGAAGAAUAAUGGAAACUGUAACUGAUGUUAAGAAAGCAGCAGCAAAGGCUGGAACAAAAGGAAGUGGUGCGCGCUAUGCUAAGGCUUUUGCAGCAGAGCUAUCAACAAUGAGGGCAGAGGAGAAGAGAGAGCGUGAGCGCUUGAGAAGGGAGAACAAGGGCCUAAGGUUACAGCUUAGAGAAACUGCUGAAGCUGUUCAAACUGCUGGUGAGCUUCUUGUCAGACUUAGAGAAGCUGAGGAAGCUGCUUCACUUGCUGAGUCAAGCCUCAGUGAUCUUCAGCAAGAGAAUGAUAAGUUGAGGAAGCAAAUAGAGAAACAGAAGAACAAACACAAGAUGGAAAUGGUAACUAUGAAGCAAUACAUGGCUGAGAGUAAACUGCCAGAAUCUGCAUUAAGGCCUCCGGUACAUUACGACGACGAACCACUUCCCACUAGUGUAUUCACUGACCCAAAUGAUGAUGAUGCUUGGAAAGCAGAAUUUGGAGCUAUUUAUCAACAACACCAUUACUGAAACUUAUAGAAUUUUCUUUGGGUUUUUAGGUGUGUGAUUUAACUAUGAUAUUGCUCUUGACUGACCCUACUUGGGUCAUGCUGGUAUUCUGGUGGUGUGUACAAACCAUGUUAAUCAUCUCCAUUGUUUUUACUUUGGAUCAUCAUCAUCAAACAUUGUCAUUCUUUCAUUUAAUUGAAAUAUUUUCUUGAGUUGGAAUUCUAAAAUAUUAA